CCGGCACCGGAGAGUGAGGACCCACGGGGACCCAAGAAGGAAGGAAAGAGACCCUGACUUUUGGAGUCUGAAGACCAGGGCUCAAGACCAUCUGUGCUACUUGCUGCUGGGAGAUCUUGGGCAGGUACCUGCCACCUCUUAGCCUUAGGACACUUUUGCCAUGACAUGGGGACUGUGGCCAUCCCUUCUCUGAGUCAUUGCGAGUGAGGACAUGAUGGCCGAGUGGUUGCGGUGAAACAGGUUCUGGCUUUGGCAUCACCUAUAAGGACUCCCAUUCGCGUGUUCUCCCAGGCCUUGUGACUCCCAGGGCCAGAGAGGUUAGCACACUAGUGCACACACAUCCACGUUAGACACCAAGGGCACAGCCAACAUGAACUGGGGGUUUCUACAGGGACUCCUGAGCGGCGUGAACAAGUACUCCACCGCCCUAGGCCGCAUCUGGCUGUCGGUGGUUUUUAUCUUCCGAGUGCUGGUGUAUGUGGUGGCUGCCGAGGAGGUGUGGGAUGACGAACAAAAAGACUUUAUUUGUAACACCAAGCAACCAGGCUGCCCCAACGUCUGCUAUGACGAGUUCUUCCCGGUGUCCCACGUGCGUCUCUGGGCCCUGCAGCUCAUUCUGGUCACCUGUCCUUCCCUGCUUGUAGUCAUGCAUGUGGCCUACCGGGAAGACCGGGAACGGAAGCACCGCCGCAAACAUGGGCCCAACGCCCCAGCCCUGUACAGCAACCUGAACAAGAAGAGGGGUGGCCUGUGGUGGACAUACCUGCUAAGUCUCAUCUUCAAGGCUGCUGUGGACUCGGCUUUCCUCUACAUCUUCCACCGCAUCUACAAGGACUAUGACAUGCCGCGGGUGGUGGCUUGCUCUGUGAAUCCCUGCCCCCACACCGUGGACUGUUACAUUUCCCGACCCACGGAGAAGAAGAUCUUCACCUACUUCAUGGUAGUCACGGCCGCCAUCUGUAUCCUACUCAACCUCAGUGAGGUUGCCUACCUGGUGGGCAAGAGAUGCAUGGAGGUCUUCCGCCCCCGGAGACGGAAAGCCUCUCGGAAGCACCAUUUACCAGAUACGUGCCCGCCAUAUGUGAUAUCCCAAGGAGGUCACCCACAAGACGACAACGCUGUCCUCACAAAGGUUGGGAUGGCCACAGUAGAUGCAGGUGUCUAUCCAUGACUUGCAGGUAGGCUUAACUGAUCACUGCCUGUUCACUGAAGUCACCCAAGAAACUAGGCAAAGGGGGUGUAGUCUUCUGCAACAGGUCAGGUAGGAAAUAUGGCCUUGGGGCUUCUGGAAGUUCAUCUAAGAGCUAGUGGAAGAUGGGAAACACCUUUGAGUUAUCCCUAAAUCUUGAGCCUCCAGGGACUUGAUGGCUGGUGGGGAUUUUUUAUUUGUCAAUUGAGUACUUCAACUCCUUAAUAAAUACAAU